CUCCACCAAUUUUUUUCACACAACCAGUAAGAAGAGAAGAAGCUAAGAAAAUAUGAAGAACAACAUUUCUUCAAAAUUCAUGCUUCUUCUUCUUUUACUUACAGUUGAAAAAAUCCAUGGAAGCUACCACGACUACACAGACGCAUUAACAAAAUCCAUUCUCUUUUUCGAAGGCCAACGUUCCGGCUAUUUACCACAAGACCAGAGAAUGAACUGGCGAGGACAUUCCGGUUUAGGCGACGGGUGGCCGGUGAAUACCGACUUGACCGGCGGCUACUACGACGCCGGCGAUAAUGUUAAGUUUAAUUUUCCGAUGGCAUUUACCACUACAUUGUUGGCUUGGAGUGUGAUUGAAUUUGGGGAGUAUAUGCCUCCCUCUGAAUUAAGGAAUGCUUUAGUCGCUAUCCGUUGGUCCACUGAUUAUCUUCUCAAGACUGUCUCUCAACCCAAUCGCAUUUUUGUCCAGGUGGGGGAUCCAGUCCUAGACCAUAACUGUUGGGAAAGGCCAGAAGAUAUGGAUACUGCUAGGACAGUAUAUACAGUGGAUGCUCCGAAUCCGGCAUCCGACGUGGCCGGAGAGACUGCAGCUGCGUUCGCAGCUGCAUCCAUUGCUUUCCGGUCGUCGGAUCCCGGAUAUUCAGACACACUCUUGAGAACUUCCACUAGGGUGUUUGAUUUUGCAGAUAGGAACCGUGGAGCUUACAGUGACAAUGCCAAUAUUAGAGAUGGAGUUUGUCCGUAUUAUUGUGAUUUUGAUGGAUAUCAGGAUGAAUUGUUGUGGGGAGCAGCGUGGCUGAGAAGGGCUACCCAGAGUGACACUUACAUGAAUUACAUACAAGAGAAUCGCCAAACACUUGGGGCAGAUGACAACAUCAAUGAAUUUGGAUGGGACAAUAAGCACGCUGGACUUAAUGUUCUUGUUUCUAAGGAAGUAGUGGAAGGGAGCGUGUAUUCGCUCCAAUCGUACAAAGCAUCAGCAGAUAGUUUCAUGUGCACAUUAAUCCCAGAAUCAUCAUCUUCACAUAUACAAUACUCUCCUGGUGGCCUAAUUUACAAACCAGGAGGAAGCAAUUUACAACAUGCUACAACCAUCACAUUUUUACUCCUCAUCUACGCAAAUUACUUAGAAAAAUCAUCACAAAUCUUGAAUUGUGGCACCAUUAGUGUCAAUCCAUCGAUGCUUCGAAAAAUUGGUAAGAGACAAGUUGAUUACAUAUUGGGAGAUAAUCCUAAAGGAAUGUCUUACAUGGUUGGUUAUAGUAAUUACUAUCCUUCAAAAAUUCAUCAUCGUGGCUCGUCCCUUCCAUCGAUUAAAGAUCAUCCUCAGUUCAUCGCGUGCAAAGAGGGUUCGAUUUAUUUUAACUCAUCACAACCAAAUCCUAAUGUUUUAGUUGGUGCAAUUGUUGGUGGUCCUGGAGAAGAUGAUGUUUAUGAUGAUAGUAGGGAUGAUUUUCGUAAAUCUGAGCCAACUACUUAUAUUAAUGCACCAUUUGUAGGUGUACUUGCUUAUUUUGCUGCUAAUCCUAACAUUAGUUAAGAGUCCCAGAUCAAAUUGUUCUGGUGAUGAUUUGUA